AUGUCCGAAAGGCCGCGUCGACGUGUAUUACUGCAUGAUUAUACGGUCGCGUGGAUAUGUGCAUUGCCGAUAGAGUUGGCGGCUGCGAAAUGUUUGCUCGAUCACCUUCACAAUUCGCUUCCUAAACCUGAGACUGACCACAAUAUCUACACGCUUGGGAGUCUGAGUGGACAUAAUAUAGUGGUCGUCUGCUUACCGUCCGGUGUUUAUGGGACAACUUCUGCUACAUCCGUGGUGACUCAACUGAAGCAAACCUUCCCUUCCGUAAAGUUCGGGUUGAUGGUCGGAGUGGGAGGGGGAGUACCUACCAAGAAUGUUGAUAUUCGUCUAGGAGAUGUGGUCGUUAGCACACCUAUGGGAACAUCUGGUGGCGUGGUCCAGUACGACUAUGGGAAAGCGUCUCAGCAGGGCCGCUUCCAGCGCACGGGAUCACUCAAUAAGCCACAUGUGUCUCUGCUGGCCGCUCUCUCCCAGAUACGUUGCGACCAUAUGCUGCAGAAGUUGCCGCUUGGCAAGAUAAUGUCUGAAGCCGAUUUUGGGGAGGUGGAAAAAACUUGUCUCGCAAAUCUGUUCAUCACCGAUCCUAAUGAAGAUAUGAACUCAAUAAAACGGACAAAAGGGGAUCGUACUCCAGGAACUUGCAGCUGGUUUUUAGAGUCAGACAAACUCAAGUCUUGGUUUCAGCGAGACAAGGGCAAUGAUGAGCUGGAGCGAAACAUUUUGUGGCUGUAUGGUAACCCCGGAAUUGGCAAGUCGACGAUGGCCGUGACACUUGUGGAGGAAAUACCGCAUAGUUAUUAUUUUGCCGACGGGAAUAAUGUCCUAGCUUGCUUUUUUUGCGAAGCUGACUCGGAACGCCGGAGAGAGGCAACGUCGAUACUGAGAGGUCUUAUAUAUCAGAUCAUUACUCAGCACCCCCCAGUCUUGAAACGGGUCUUGUCAAAAUAUCACGUUCGAGGAGACGCACUUUUCGCCUCAUUUGAUUCCUUGUGGGCGUUGCUUAUGGAUAUUGGACAAGCAACUACUAGCCCUGAGAUAUACUGCAUCAUCGAUGCAUUGGACGAAUGCGACCGCAAGUCACAGCAAACCUUGUCUCAUCAAAUUUCCCAGUCGUUCAGCAAAGCAGGCACGACCCGCUUAGACACACCCAGGUUGCACUUUUUAAUUAUCAGCCGUCCGAAUCACGAGCUCAAGAGUUACCUAUCGUCCUUCACCUAUGUUGAUCUAGGCUCAUUUGAAGAGGUAAAGAAGGAUCUUCAAUCUAUGAUCAAGGAUACAGUGAAGGACCUCGCGAGAAGGAACGACUACACUGAUCCCGUUGCCCAGAAAGUACGCCAAAUUCUUGAAGAGAAGGCCGAGGGUACCUUCCUCUGGGUCGGGAUAGCUCAUAAUGAAUUGAUAUCGGUGCAGUCGAGGAAAGUAGUCCAGAAGCUACAGGAUCUUCCAGGAGGGUUAUACAAAUUGUAUCGGAAGCUGCUGCUCGAUGCAGCAACAUGCGGCCCAGACGAUUACCCGCUGAUUAAAAAGAUUUUGGAGACUGUUGCAUUCGCAUUGCGACCACUCACAAUAGGGGAAGUAGCUGAAGCAUGUCGCCUACAUCUUGACACAGAUUCCAGUAGUCGCCUCCAAUUCACGCGAGAGAUCAUCGACUUGUGCCAUUUGUUGGUUGUUGUUGACAAUGACCAUGUGCGAAUGUUGCACAGAUCGGUGCAAGAAUUCUUAAUGAUGGAGAUGCAAGAGAUCAAUUCUUCUGCAGCAAACUAUACACUGACGUAUCGCUGCAUCGAAGUCAUUCUUCAACAUUGCCGGCCAAAAAUAAAUACAUCAACUUUGAAGCCUAGCCAUGGAUUCCUUGGUUAUUCAGUGCUGCACUGGCCAGAGCAUGCAAGGUUAGCUCAAACAGACUUCAACAUUCCGAAGGAGCACGAGGCAUUUUUUCAAGGCCGAUUAGCGACGUGGAAAUGGUGGCUCGAGAGUUACAACCACCUGGAACAAUUCUCAGGGGCUGAUUUGGACACGGGCAUCUCUGCCAUUCAUGUUGCCGCUCGUUGGGGAAUUAUUCCGUUAAUCUCGUCCUUCCCUCAGCAUGGACUGGAAGUCAAAGAUGCACAGGGACAAACACCUUUGCUCAUUGCUGCCCAAUACUCCCAGUUUGAAGCCAUAAAACUUCUAGUUGAGUCUGGAGCAUGCGUGAGAGCGGUAAAUAACGACCACCAAAACGUCCUCCAUACUAUUUGCAAGAAUGGUCAUGGAAGUGGCUGCAAAAUUGUCAAUUUCCUGCUUGACGCUGGAGUCCCUCCAUAUGACUGUGAUAAGUACAACAUGACACCAUUCCUUUACGCAGUUGGAAACCUCGAUGAAGAACUUGCACAAGUCUUUCUUCAGAGGAGUCUCGAUCUGACAGUCAAAAUUCGAAGACUAUCAUGGCCUGGACGCACAACUGUGAGCAUGUUCACACACAGGAGGUUCAAGGACGAGAGAGAAAGUGCUGGCGUGAAUCUAGAAUCCGGCCUCACAGCGCUACAUUUCUCUUCCUUGAACGCAUGCACAAAGAUGACCGCCUUUUUACUCCAACACGGGGCCGAUCCAAAUGCUCAAUCUGAUAUUGGCGAUACUCCACUCCAUCUUGCGAUCAGGAGCCGCAUCCUGGGCCGUGAAUACGACGACGUAUGGAAGAGCGGUGAUUACACCAUCGAGGCCUUAAGAGACUUGAUCACGGACUACGAAAAUGAGGAAGCUUCUGAUAUCUAUCGAGCCAUCGAUCAAGCUAGAACACACAUUGUUGACACGCUCCUCGCGAGCGAAACCAUUGACGUCAACAUCGCUAAUGCUAAUGGGGAUUGCCCUCAGCACUUGAUAGACUUUAGCAAGCAUUAUUCGCUGUCGAUUCUAUGCAACCUCAUAGAGAAAGGAGCAGUUAGCUCACGAUUGAACGGGUGUCAUCAGACAUGUCUCCACCUUGCCAGCAAGCAAGGGAACGUGGAGGUGGUCCAAAAACUUGUGGAUGAAGGCCACGAUAUCUUGUUGGAAGACCGCGACGGAUUGAGCCCGUUCCACUACGCAUUGCGCGAUAGUCGCUUAAAUGUCCUGCAUUGUCUGACAACAGCAUGUGACGGCGCGCUUUCGAAGCUCUGGUACUCGAUAGAUCAUCACGGCAGAAAUCCAUUACACCAUCAUGUCUCGUCCAUCUUCUCCAACUUCAACAUGGUUGACUUCCUGAUACGGAUUGGCUGCGACGUCAAUCAGUAUGAUGCGAAGGGAAACUCAUCCCUUGGCCUGUACGUGGGAUCAUUUCACCUAAGAGUUCAGAGAGACAUAUUCUUUCUACUGAUGAAUAACGGUGCUGAUCUACGGUGGGUUAAUGGACGUGGAGAAAAUUUGGCCCACCUCCUCAUGCACCAUAAGGGAGCAGACACUGAGAUUCUCGAGCAUCUAUUUAAUGAUGGCCCGGAUCCAGCAGCUCAAGAUUAUAACGGGAGGACCUUCAUGCACCACGGGGCCAUUCAUGGUGCGUUUACCAAGGAGCUUGUAGAGUUCCUUCAACGGAAAGACUUCUUGGAUAUGCAUUCCAAAGAUUCACUUGGCGAGACACCCCUUAACUAUGCGAAAGAAAAGGCGCGUAGAGAAGACUUGGAAGACGUCCUCUUUGAUACAAAGUGGGACGAUUCCUUCGACGCUCUGUACAGGGGCUUUACAUCUGCCCCAAGGGCGCCAUGCUCAAGCAAGGGCAGCAUUGGAUGA